UGUGCAAAACCUGUCGAGUUUUAACAGAAUAAGAUAAGAAUUAUUGUCGACUAACCUAAUAAUGAAGGCCACCUGCUGUGAGGUGCCACACAUCUUAUGCUUCCGCUAACAGCAGUUUGUUGUUUCGUUGCAGGGAGGAAGCCGAUCUUGUCGUCAACUCCUCUACAGAUUCUGUUUCACCUCAACUGUUGGUAUUUCGCCGCUUUUUUCCUGGCCGAGGUUCUCAUGUUCGUUUACAAAGGGAUCUUGCUCCCCUACCCCUCAGAUAAUUUGAUCCUGGAUGUUGUGCUGCUUGUCCUUUACCUUGGCUUGGAGAGCCUCCGGAUCUUCUACGGCUCGAAGGGAAAUCUGUGUGAACGAUGUCUGGCCACUAGCGUCUCUGUGCUCAUCCUGCUGCCCUGUGUAGCGCUGGCUGUCUACUACCUUUACCUGCAGACCUUUGUCUUGCGGAUGGAGUUCAUCCUCAGCUCCAUUCUGCUCUGUUUCUACGGCCUGGAGUUUCUGCUGGGCCUCGUGUCUAUAUUUGCCUUCUCCAGGUCCAAAGUGUACUGAAGCAGAGAAAGUGAGGCAUCAAGAAUAGGUUUCCUCUCCAAAGGUGUUUUUCUUCAGUACAUGGUCAUUUGAUGAUGUUAAAUGUUUGUACAUGUCCAAUCUGGCCUGGGAACAUCUUGGGAUACCCCAGGAGGAGCUGGAGGGCGUUGCUGGGGAGAGGGACAUCUGGAGUGCCCUACUUCGCUUGCUGCCACUGCGACCCGACCCCGGAGAAGCGGCUGAUGAUGAGAUGAGAUGAUUUUUUUUUU